GUGAGUGACGAUGUCGCGGUAUGUGACUAGCGUGUUCGUCGCGCUGUGCGCUACCAUCGCGUUGACCAGCGGCCGAUCAACGAGGUGCGACGUGCAGGCCUGCAUCGACACCGGCUACGUGUGCGGAGCCAGGAGGUGGGCUGAUAAAUUCACGCCGUACGCGAGUUUCCGAGGGGUGCCCUAUGCGAAACAGCCGGUUGAAGAGCUGAGGUUCAAGGAGCUGCAACCGCUUGACCCUUGGGAGGGCUAUUAUGACGCGACCGUUGAGGGGCCCGUAUGUCCGCAACAUGACGUGCUUUACGGUGGUCUAGUGAGGGCCAGGAACAUGAGCGAGGCCUGCAUAUACGCCAACGUUCACGUGCCCAUAAAUGCCAUAACACCUAGUACGGAAGAGACGGGUCUGCCAAUAUUUGUGUUCGUGCAUGGAGGUGGUUUCGCAUUCGGAUCUGGUGACACCGAUUUCCAUGGCCCCGAGUAUCUGAUUCGUCGCGGAAUGAUCGUCAUCACAUUCAACUACAGACUGAACGUCUUCGGAUUCCUCUCCCUCAAUUCUUCAAGCGUCCCUGGUAACAACGGUCUUCGGGACACCAUCACCCUCCUCCGGUGGGUGAGGAGGAACGCGAGAGCCUUCGGGGGGAACCCCGAUGACGUCACUAUCGCCGGACAAAGCGCUGGCGCAGCUAUUGCACACCUCUUAACUCUAUCCAAGGCAGCGGAGGGGUUGUUUACAAGGGCAUUAAUAAUGAGCGGUACAGCAAUCCCCAGCUUCUAUACGACGUCACCGGUAUACGCGCAAUUCGUCAGCAACCUCUUCGUGACCUCACUCGGCAUCAACUCCACAAACCCAGAGGACAUCCAUGAACAACUCAUUCGAUUACCUCUCGCGCAUAUCAUGCAAGUGAAUCAAAUAAUGCAGGACCAAUUCGGCAUCGUUGUUUUUCUGCCUGUAGUUGAAACACCAUUCGACGGGGUGACAACCGUUUUAGACGAAGACCCGGAAAUUUUACUCGACAGAGGCGUCGGUAAGGAUAUACCAUUAAUCGUGGGAUUCACGGACGCGGAGUGCGAAACGUUCCGGCCGAAUUUCGAAAAAUUGGACAUCCUAGCUAAAAUAAAAGAGAACCCGUUGCUUAUUUUAUCACCAAAUUUGAUAUAUAAGGUACCGAUAGAAACGGCAAUGGAAUAUGCGAAGAAGGUUGAAAAGCGUUAUUUUAAUGAUGGUGUAUCUAUGGACAAUUAUGUUCAGUCGUGUUCCGAUACGUUCUAUAUAUAUCCAGCAUUGGAACUCGCAAAAAGAAGAAGAGCAAUGAAGGACGCAGCGCCCAUGUUCUUGUAUCAAUUUUCGUACGAAGCACAAUUCAGUGUAAUGAAGGAGUCUAAAGGGUUGAAAUACGAGGGAGCUGGCCACGUGGAGGACUUGACUUUUAUCUUCCGCACAAAUUCGAUGUUAGACGCAAAAGGUUUCUAUCCUCCAUCAGCUGAGGACCAAGCGAUGGUGGAAUGGAUGACGUGGUUCAUUCAAAACUUCAAUAGUUGCAACGAUCCGGUAUGCGAUCAAUACGAAGUGACCGUCUGGCCACCGGUCAGCCAGAUGCCGAGUCUCUUUUACCAGGAUAUCAAAGAACCCAAAUUCUUCAUCACGAAACUUAGCCCGGAGCAGAAUGAAAUGGUGAAAUUCUUCGAGAGUUUAAGAACUUAUCCGAUAAUGUGGCUAAUAUACGUGUUGUUCGGCAUGGUGCAUUUAUCAGUGGGGAGCAUAGUUUCGACAGUACAGGGACGGAUACGGGGCAUAGAGCACGAGGGAUUCGAUUGUUACAUUGGUAUCCCGUAUGCGGCUGCGAACGGAUAUGGGGGUAGAUUUAAGAAAGCCAGCAUCGCCCCAACCUGGUUAGGUAUACGGGAGUCGCAUGAUCCAUACUGCACGUUCAGAUCGGAAACCACGGACUGCCUUCAGCUCGAUGUCUACGUUCCGAAAACAGGUGCAGCGCCCUGGCCAGUUCUCGUCUGGGUGAAAAGCAGCGGCGGAGACUAUCAUCCAAAUAAAUUGGUGAAACAAGGCAUCAUAGUAGUUAUUGCUCGACAUAGAAUGGGACCAAUGGGCUUUAUGUGUUCUAAGGAAGGCAAUAUACCGGGCAACGCAGGGGUAAAAGACAUAGUGUCAGCGCUACGAUGGGUGCGGGAUAACAUAGUUGCAUUCAAAGGCAAUCCAAAUAGAGUGGUGGUAGCCGGGCAGGGCUUUGGUGCUGCAAUGGUCGAGGCCCUCACGAUCUCACCAAUGGCUAAGGGCCUCUUCCACGGAGCAAUAAUGCAGAGCGGCAGUAUCUUAGCACCUUGGGCGUUCAACUACGACGCGAACGACAAAACAGAAUACUUACAAAUAAGGCUGAAUGAUACAGACUCGUUGCGAAUCUCGAUACUGGAUAUAGUUGAGCAAUCCGAAGAGUUAGACGUUCCGUACUUCCCUUUUGGCAUGUGCAUUGAAAAAUCUAUUAAAAACGAGGAAAGCCUUCUAUCGGAAGCGCCUUACAAUGCUUUAAUGAAAGGCAAAAUGAGUUCCGUUCCCUUGAUCGUCGGAUACAAUACGGAUGAAGCGUACAUAUUUAUUUCAACGUUACAAGAUAUAAAAGUCGUUAAGCAAAUGGCGAGAGAAACAUCGCAUCUACUUCCUGCGGAGUUGCAAGCGAUGAGCGAGAGAGAAAUGAGGCCGAUCGUCAAGCAAGUCACGGAUAUGUACUUUAAAAAUGAAAUGACGACGAGUUCCGUUUUGGAAUAUUACAGGGACGCCUAUUUCCUAAACCAUAUUUACCGCAGUGCGAAAUUUCACGCGUGCCACAGUCCCGUUUACUUCUACCAGUUCUCACAUUCCGGUAAUGUUGGAGUGCUCCCCGAGGCUGAGGUGAAGAAGACGGGGGCAGCGCACUCCGAUGAGCUCGCCUAUCUGUUCCCCAGCGAGGACAUAGAGUUUGAUGGAGACGACGCCGUUGUACAUCAACAUUUGAUCCAGCUCUGGACCAGCUUUGUUAAGGAUCUAAAGCCUUCAGGCCCAGUGCAGUGGGAUACGAUGGAGCCCCAGAAUCCUCGACUGCUGGACAUCAAUACGAGCCCGUCAAUGAUAGACUUCCCCCACAGGCGGGAGAUGGCAAUGUGGGAGGGGAUAUACGAGAAAUAUUAUUUUAGGAGACAUUAAGGCUUACGAAAUGCGCUGAACUGAAUUAUCCGUAGGAACUAAACCGUAACUCUUUCUGUAUUGAUUGUAAUUAAUGUUGUUAUAUAAUUUGACGAUUUGUGUGUGAUAAAGUGUAAUCUGGUAGAAUAAAAAAAAAGAAAAACAGAUAUACAGAUAAAAUAUGUCAGAAGGACUUUUUAGGCGCUUUAUUGGAAGGUUUAGGAGCACUCAUUAUAUGAGCCUAUUUUAUAUAUGUCAACCUGUAUUGAAAACUAUACAUUGCUUGUAGUGCAUACGCACAAUUUUUUUGUGAGCGACGGAUCGCGCAUUAUAUAACGUUUAUUGGGAUUCAGUCGCAAGUGGCGAGUACAGUGGAGUUAAAUGUUGUAAGGAAGAACUGCGACGUACAAUUUGGUCAUAAUUUUGUUAAUAACGUAGUAGAUAAUUAAAAAAAAAUACGUAAAACGUAGUUCUGUUUCAGUCAAUAAUUAAAGUGUGUGUUCUUCGAACCAUAAAUAAUAAAA